UCGAUGGUUGAGUUGCUAGAAGAAGGGGAAAUUUUUUGGCUGAGCUACCUGUUGCCUUUACAUUGGCACUGGUUUGUGAUUACGCUCCAAAAACAACAUAAGACUCGUAAGGAUUUCCAUUCUGUGUGUUGUCUGCCUAUGUACAAUAUUUCUAUGCCACUUGUGGCUGAAAUGCAAUUGGGAAUAUGGGAAAUGGAAAAUUGUACAAUACAUAUGCGAGUAAGAGUUUGAGUGCAAUAUGUAUGUAGCUCCGGCUCCCGUUCUCGCCUUUGCUCUUGCUCUUGCUCCCUCUUCUGCUCUCGCUCCUUCGUAUUUGCGCUCCUGCCAACAAACACUCCGUUAUACACAACGUUCUCCUGCUGCUGCUACUCUCACACAAAAGAGCAGCUCAACAGCGACGUCGACGUCGACAGCGGGGGUUGCACUGAGCGGCUUUAAAACCAGCUGCGCUCGGAUCGAGAACCACAUUUGUUUUCUGUUCGUCGUCGUGUCAACAUCUGCGCCUUCGAGCUGCCUUCCCUCGUUCGCUUUCGUUCGUUUCGUACGGUAGUGCAGAAGAGUACAAUUUUGUGUUUGUGCAAAACCAUUGGAUAAAUAUAAAAUACAGCACACAAAGCACUCACUACUACUACAUGCAACAAAAACAACAAUGUUAAAACGGACACAUUAAUGCAAAACUCUCUCAAUCUUAACAAUAUGCAAUAUUAGUUUUUAACAACAUUUAAGUAUUUUACAAAUCAACACCAACAAAUGCAACUACAAAGGACUACACAGUACAAAACUGCAAAAACGAACUAAAAAUAUUUACUAAAUGUGCGUGAAUCAUCAUCAACAAUAAAAACAAACUACGAAAAUUGUGUUUUAGCAAUUUUCUGAAGCUACCAAAAAAGAAAAACAUUUCGUGAACAAAAACAUUCAUUACACAUAACAACAAACAACAUUCAAAAUGCUGUGGGAAACAAUUGCCGAAGAAAACAACUGCACCAUGGAUUGCAAUAUCAGCAAUGCCAACAGCCUGAACAACAACACACAACGUCGUGCUCGUCGUGCGCUCGCCGCUGCUGACGUCAUGGCCAUGGAUGCUGAGGAGGAGCUUUCCUUCUACGACGAUGACAAUGCCUUGGUCCUGCCCCAACAGCGCGCCGUCAGCCCCGAGCUGCUUGGUCUGCUCUCGCCUGAAGGAUCGCCACAGCGUUUCCAAAUUGUGCGACAGCCGAAAAUGCUGUUGCCACAAGCAACAACGACAGCUGCUGCCGCUGCAACUGGAACAACAGCGACGCCAGCGCGCAGUUUUCGUGUAUUCAACAGUCUGUCGUCCAAUGGCAGCAUGGAAUCCUCCAUGGAUGAUGAGUACAUGGAACUGUUCGAAAUGGAAUCCUUUGCGGGCAUUCAACAGCAGCAGCAACAACAACAACAGUUCCCAAGCGGACUCAACUCGCUGAUUAGCGGCCAAAUCAAGGUGACCCCCAAGUCGCCAGUGUCGCUCAACAUGAUGAUGCGUCGUCCAUCCGUGCGUCGAUGCCUCAGCAUGACCGAAACGAACAGCAAUCAGCUGCCUUCACCACAACAACAGCAACCAAAGACGCCAGAGACUGUCAGGGAUUGCUUCAAGCGUCCCGAUCCACCUGCAUCGACCAGCUGCUCGCCCAUCCAAAGCAAGCGUCAUCGUUGCGUCGAAAAGGAGAACUGCCCCACACCUCCCUCCACCUCCAGCAGCACAACAACAGCGACGACAACGACGUUGACGCAUCCGCCUCCAUUGCGCAAAUGCAUGUCGCUCAACGAUGCUGAGAUUAUGUCGGCGCUGGCACGCUCCGAGAAUCGCAACGAACCCGAACUGAUCGGUGACUUUAGCAAAACGUAUGCGCUGCCCCUGAUGGAGGGUCGUCAUCGGGAUCUGAAGAGCAUCUCCAGCGAAACGGUGGCACGUCUCCUCAAUGGCGAUUUCGAACAGCAGGUGGCCAGCUAUCGCAUCAUCGACUGUCGUUACCCAUACGAGUUCGAAGGUGGACACAUUCGUGGCGCCAAGAAUCUGUACACACACGAACAGAUCCUCGAGGAGUUCCUGAGUGCGCAGCAGACUGAGCUGCAGCAGCAGCAAAACGCCGAUGCCGGCAACAAGCGCAACAUUAUCAUCUUCCACUGUGAAUUCUCCUCGGAGCGUGGCCCCAAAAUGUCGCGUUUCCUGCGCAAUCUCGAUCGGGAGCGCAACACCAACGCGUAUCCUGCCCUGCACUAUCCAGAGAUCUAUCUGCUGCACAAUGGCUACAAAGAGUUCUACGAGACGCAGGCGGAGAUGUGCCAACCGAAUGCGUACCGCCCCAUGUUGGAGCCGGCCUACAAUGAGGCGUAUCGUCAUUUCCGCGCCAAGUCCAAGUCGUGGAAUGGCGAUGGUGGCGGUGCCACAACGGGUCGCUUCAAGAAAUCCCGUUCCCGUCUGAUGUUGUAAAUACUAUUUUGCAACAAACAACACCAACAACAACAACACAUUGUACAUAGCGACACACGAUUGCAUAUUUAUUUUCAUUGAAAACACACACAUUUUAAGUUGAUUUUGUUGAUUUUCGUUUGUUAAUUCAAUAGCGUUUAAGUUUUAUCUCUACCAACACACACACACACACACACACAUUACACCCCGGACACACACACACACUCAUACAAGACAUAGAACAGGCAGAUAAGGACAACAAUAAUUUUUUUGUAUAUGUAUGUAUUUUUAUUAGUUAUUUUGGUCAAAUUUUUAUUAUUGUUUUUAAUUGACAUUUUUGUGUUAGUUCAAUUUAUUUAGACAUUUAGAUCGAAUUUUAACGUAACAAACAAACAAAAAAUGUGCAUUAUAAUCUAAACGAACAAAUUUUAGGAUCCCCUCUGCCCCCGACAACAGACCCCUUAUGCAUAGUUGAUAAGCAGAAACUCUCAAAAAAGGCUAAAACAAAAAAAAACAUACAAAAAAACAAAAUCACAAUCAUUUUACACAAAAACAAAAA